AUACUACGAGGAUACUGAAGAUCAUGUAACAGGCUUAAAAGACUGCAAAAAAUCAUGGGUGGACAGACAGUCUGGAUGACUUUAAGCUUCAAGCUUCUGCUCUACUACUGUAUGAUAUCUGUGUUAAUGCCAGCCACCCUCAUACUGGCUACACGUGCCCGGGUCGACAAGUUCAGAAAGUUUAAUGAGAGUACACAAGUCAAAUCUACACAGGAACACUUUGAGGAAGCAUUUGAAGAGCAGGGGUACUACUUGCAACGUCUGUUCCUUCAGUAUGGAGACAAUGGGACUUUAACAUAUGAGGGUCUACAGAAGCUGCUUGGCAGUUUGGGUUUGGGUGAAGUCAGUAUUCUGGAGAUUCGACAUGGUGAAGCAAAACAUUCUUCUCAGCCUAUAUCCCAUUCCCACUCACAUGAAGACCAUCAUCAUCCUCAAGAGACCACAAACUCACCUCCACUCAGAGAAAGUUCUAGACCAAACAUUAAAUCAGAGCUCGGUGGAUCUCCGGCAGAAUUGGGUCGCUCAGACUAUUUUCUACACCCUGGUCUAAGAAACAAACAGGAGGAAAGUGUGUCACUGCUAUCUGACCACCCGACAGAGAAACACCUUCAUGGCAAUUGUCUAAAUGUGACCCAGCUCCUCUGGAACUUCGGGCUUGGCCAGGCUUCCCAUAUCACUCCAGCCCACUUCACCUUCCUGUGCCCUGCCCUCCUGUACCAGAUCGAGAGUGGAGUGUGUCUGCGGCACACAGAAGAUCAUUCACAGACCAGCAAAACCAGCGAGGGCUUCCUCAUAGCUCUAGGAUGGGCAUCAUUGGCACUCCUGGUCAUCAGCCUGCCCUCUCUGGUCGCUCUGGGACUGGCACCGCUGCUUCAGCCUUCUGUGCUUCAAGUGUUUCUCUGCCCGAUGGCUGGCAUGGCAGUGGGCACGCUCUGUGGAGAUGCCCUCCUGCACCUCAUGCCUCAUGCCAUCUUCAGUCAACACACUGAUCACAGGAAUGCUGUUUUCAAAGGUCUCAGUGUUCUGGGAGGACUUUACCUUCUCUUCAUCUUUGAGAGUCUUCUGGGACUUAAGCAGCAUUUCAAGAAUGUAAAGAAAAGAAAGCAUGAUGCUGAGUCUGGAAGGGAGCUGGAUGCACUGCAGGGAACCUCAUCAGCCAAUCAGAACGAGAGUUCAGGGCAUGGCCAUUCUCAUGGACAGGUUGAACCAGGGCAGACGGGCAUCAGAAGCAUGGCAUGGAUGGUGGUGAUGGGUGAUGGCAUACAUAACCUGACAGAUGGACUUGCCAUUGGUGUCGCAUUUUCUCAGAGUUUGACCGGCGGCUUUAGCACCGCGAUCGCCGUUUUCUGUCACGAGCUUCCUCAUGAACUAGGUGAUCUGGCAGUAUUGUUGUCUGCGGGCUGGCCUGUGCGCAGGCUGCUGGUGUUCAGCGGGCUCUCUGCUCUGCUGGGUUUUGUGGGUGUUUUGACCGGAUCUGUGCUGGGGAGCCGCUGGGCUUCACACUCACCCUGGAUCCUCACACUCACUGCCGGCGUCUUCCUAUAUGUGGCUCUUGCUGACAUGAUGCCGGAGAUGCUGCACGGAGUCUGUGGAUCAGUGAGUCCGCUGAAGCGCUUCCUCCUGCAGGCUCUUGGUCUGCUGACAGGGGGCGCCAUCAUGCUGUGCAUCGCCCUCUUCGAGGAUCACAUCGCUGUUAGUCUGGGAGAAAGCAGUCUGGGAGAAAACUAACAAUAU